AUGGCUCAGCUGCACGUGUAUUCCGCGGGCUAUACGACACGUGACAGCGAGAACCAAAAGAAGGCCAAUGCACGACAUGUGCUCAUUCCGAACUUCCUGGCAGUGGCGAAGGCCAUGAAAACGACUCUCCCUGAGGGUCUGGUAUCGCCCUGCGGCCUCUUCGCGGUCUUUGAGGCAGUGACUCGUGCGAUCACUGAGAGCGAGAGCUCACCUGCCCGAGCUGAGUUAGGUGCCAGGCUGAGUGGCUGCCUGAGUAUGGCUGCCGCCAGAACCUUAGAUAUUCCAGAAUUGCAGAUGCUAGUCGAGUUCGCGGGUGACCCCAACGGCCUAGACUUCCACCACCGGAUCCGGUAUCGGGUCGACCGCUCUACCUGGAUCAUUUCAACCCCGGAUUACGAUGUGUAUGAGGAAGACUUCGAUGGAGUGACGGUGGUCCCUCUUAGCAGAAACUCUGAAUACCCCGGAGCAUAUGCUGGACAAAUGUACAUCCCUAGGAAUCAGGAGCUGAUGCGAUCCUAUCUGGAGAUAAAGCGGCAGGCUGACUCUCUGGCGGUUGUGAGAGGGUACUCUGAUCGUCCUGGUGUUGCUUCUGGUGGAGAUGCUGCAGAGACAGGCCAUUGGCGGAUAGCAGAUGUGGACUCCAAGCGUUUUGGGGACAUCAUCCCGGCAUCAGACCUCGCUGACGUCACCAAGAAUGUGAUCUUAGAGCGCAAUGGGGCUGGCUUCAGGGAAGCGACAACUUUGCUUGAGAGCAUGUCGGACUCGAAGUUCACAGACUGGCCCCACCGCGGGCCCAAGGCGGUGAAGGAUUUUUUGGAGAGCAUCCUUCAGAAUGGUGGGGACAUCAUGACGUACCACAGCUCGUUCAUGCGAAAGUCAGGUCUCUCUGAAAACAGUGCAGCAGCUCACGAGUAG